CUCCUGCUUCAUAAGUAACUCACAGCUCAGCGGGGACACACACAGACCCCUACACACCGAGAAAAACUACUUCACAAGUUUGAAGUUUGUUGCCAGAGAACUUCAGAAACAUUUGUAUCACCCUGACAGCCGCUGGACAACUGUGAAGGGACAUCUAUCCAGCCAGCGCGCAUUUGGAUUUAUUAUAAAAGAGCACGUUUGGAGAAACAUUCAAGGUGUUUCAUUUCCAGACGGACUGACCUCCUCGCGCCCUCACCGACAACCCUCUGAACCUCUGUUUGACCCCACCUCUUUUUCUCUUGUCUGUGUGGCGCCCAGUGCUCCCCAAGCUGCAUAGAGAUCGGGCAAAGCGCCAUGGUAACUCACAGCAAGUUUGACUCCGCAAUGAGCAGCAGCCUCUUGGACUCCAGCAUGCGGCUGCCAUACCGUUACAAGACUUUCACCUCCAAAACGCAGUACCAGAUGGUCCUCGCCACCCUCCACAAGCUCCAGGAGAGUGGCUUCUACUGGGGCGCCAUCACCGGGAAGGAGGCCAACGCCAUGCUGGCGGGUGAGGCAACGGGCACGUUCCUCAUCAGGGACAGCUCCGACAACAGACACCUGUUCGCCCUCAGUGUCAAGACGGCGUCGGGCACCAAGAACCUGCGCAUCCAGUGUGACUCUUCCUCUUUUUACCUGCAAACAGACCCUAAGAACAUUCAGUCUGUCCCCCACUUUGACUGCGUCCUCAAGCUGGUCCAUUUCUACAUGGCUCAGAGCAAAGGGAACACGCGCAGUGGGAGUAUCUACUACAUUUACUCUGGAGGGGAGAAGAUCCCUCUGGAGCUCAUCAAACCUCUCUCCUGCAGCUUAUCCACGUUGCAGCACCUGUGCAGGAAAACAGUAAAUGGACAUUUGGACAUUUCUACUAAAAGAGACCAACUUCCUCAUCCUCUUAAGGAGUUUCUCCAGGAAUAUGACGCUCCUAUCUAGAGGCGUUGGACUGAUGCUCUUGGAUGAGCAAAGACUUUAGAGUGUAAUGAAGAAAUUGGAUGGUUUCAGCGCACCUACAUUCACUGAGGAGUAACAGUGAAGCAGAGUCACGAGAGACAAGCCCGAGAUCAAGCUUGUGAAAAGGAGCAGUUCAUUGUACUGACAAGACGCAUGCAGGUCUCCCAGAAAAGUGGGCAUCAGUCUAAUAAGGUCCACAUUUUCAGAAAGAGACUCUGGACUGAGGAGGAUAAGAGGGCCAAGAGAUAAAAGAGCACUGCUGUAAUCUGGUGGUAUGAAAGCGAGAAACCCCGCCGUCCUCCUCUGCCUCACUGAUGACAUACAACUUACUGAAAACUGAAGUGAGGCUCACAGUCAGCUGUCUACAGUCUGAUGACGCACAGGUUCCCUCUGCUGCUGCUGCUGCCGCCGCUGCUGCUGCUAACCAAAUGUGCUGCGAAGCUGUCGAGCUCACACACAUCAGCCUCAGAAAAUCAUCCAUCCAUUAAAGCCGGCUUUUACAGUCAGGGCCGGCUUUUUUGCUGACCUCGGAUGAUAAUCUUGGACGUAUUAGACACGUCUAGUCCAGCAUCCUGGGAUCUCUGACCAUGCUGGAAACUCAGAGACAAUGGAAACUUAGAGUACAAAUGAGUGGACACUGAUGGCCCUGUGGGUGCCAGGCAAAAUGGGAUUUUUUUGUUGUUGUUUUUAAAUCUGAAUCUUACUUUAAAAAGACCAGAAAAUGUGCAAAGAAUUUGUUUCUGAUAUUUUGUUUAAAGGAAGGGUUUAUGCCAAACUUGCCUGAACUAGACAGCAGUUUGUUGGAGCACCAACAUGACUGAAUCCUAGAGGAUCUUACUUGAGAGAACAGUACCACUGUUUGAUAUGUUUUCAGUGGUGAGAAUAUACAUAUACAUACCAAAAGAUGUGGUAGUAUAUUUGUGGCACAGACAGGGUCACCAUUGCUCGCAGUUGAAUGUAUUAAACAUGGUAUCUGUCUUUUCCCAGUAUGGAGAAGAGUCAAAUUGUGUCUUAUUUUCAUGAGUUUACAUGAGUGCAGAUCUGUUUUUUUUUUUGUGCUGUCUUUUAUAAAGAUGUACUUUUUGCCAGCCAAACCACUGGCUGUGGAUGCUUGAAGAUAUUUGUUUGACGAAGCAAGCAGACUGAUACGACUUUGCACUUAUUUAUAUUUGUAUGAACAUUUCAUUAAUUUAUAAUAAAAGAGCACUAUUUUUCUAUGAAA